AGGUGGAGUGGAAUCGGUAUCCAGGCAGCUGCUUUCGGUCUCUUCCGCUGUGAGAGCUAAGCUAGCUAGUAAACAACGCUAAACAUCCCCGGUGGUGUAUCGGAGAAUGUAAUGACUGAACCCGCUGUUAUUUUUUCGUAAAGUCUCGGAUUUUCGUCAGGGUUCUGCUUUUUGUUCCCGCUACAUGUCUUGUGUUCCAGUUCAGGAUCGUCUCUGCAAAAGGCUGGUACAUUACUGAGGGACACCGAUGCUGCCGAAAUGAGCUAACCUUUCAUCUGUCCUCAGAGACAAAAGCCACAUUUUCACUGAGAGCUGAGGUAAGAGUGAACCCAUCGAGGACAGUUCUCAUUUGGUUUAGUGGGAAAAACAAUACGGCUUGUACCGAUAUGAUUGUUUUAGACUAACUGCCAUAAGGAUUUGCUUGUGUGGGUGAGGGUUUAAUUCACAGACGAGAGUCCAGCUGACAGACAGUUAAAUCUCUGCUCAGGGAUGUGAGUUAUUCCACCGUCUGGAAAAAUACCAACUUGAGUGCAAGUGUAUGUGCUUUGACGUCUUAAUACUGUUGGUAUCAUAUACUCGAAAAAUAUAACUUAAAAUAUAAGCUGUUGUCAUCUAAUUCAGGAAUGAUAAUCACUCAGUAACAGUGCUGCUCCCAAAUCCUACACUUGCAGUGUCCCAAAAUAAAUUUGGAUGGUUGUGAAUGCUUACUUUAAGACAUGUUAGUUAGCAUUUCAAACAAGAAAAAGAAAGAAAUAAGAUUUUACUUAACAAAGCCUGACUUUUUUUAAUGACUAGACAUAAUGUACCUCUAUUUUCUGUUCAUUGUCCAAAGAGUCAAAUAAAUGCAUUACAGAAGAUAACUGGAAUCAAAAUAUAAGAAUGAGGCUUUUGGAAAGUGCACUAGUCUAACUACUUUGGAGUUAAGAUUUUAUAGUCAGGAUAGAUAUAGUUUACAAUCUGGCAGUUGUGUUUUGUAAAACAUGCAGAGCAACAAAAAGACAGAGGAACUUUAGGAGCUAAUGUCGGUACACCUCCAUGAAUGCCUAAUUGCUUCACUUCGUUAAUAGUAUAAGAUAAUAAGAACUUUAUUUACACCAAGGGGAAAUUCGAUGCAUAUUAGGAAUGAGGAUAAGACUAACUUUAUUGAUCCCCAAAGGGAAAUUCAAUUGUCUGUUGUCUCAUUUGUCAUGUCUCUAAAAGUCAGCGAAUAUUUACAGAAGAGUUGUGAAGUCUGUUGGCUGUGGGUACAAAAGAUCUUCUGAGAGAGGAGCCGUCCACCACCAUUGGCCCUUUGGGCCAUUAUUGCACUUUAUCUAACAUUGCAGAUUAUUUCCAAAUCUUGCAGGCUUAGACUGUGCGUGCUAUUUACCAUGUGCACUUGUAAUUCAGUAAGACAACAAAUACAAACUACCAUCUAUAUGUACAGGGCUUGAAGACCUCCGACACGGUGCCAGAAAUCCGGCUCGGAAUUUUUUUUUUUUCUAAAUCAUGUCAAAGAAUAAAAGAAAAGAAAAAAUAAAUCCUAGUUAGUUAGAUCUGAAUAUGACCGGUAGAGGACAGCAUUAGGCUGGAUAGUGUACAUCCUGCCGGAGAAGAAGAAGCAGAAGAAGAAAAAGAAGCAUCAGUGAGUGGCGAACAGCAAAUUUUAAACGAUGGAUGCCAGGUAUAUCCAUCAAGGAGAAGAAAUGGCGAUAUUGGAAGCUGGGCUUGGGCAGAAGAGGCUGGAAAAGAUGGAAAGCCUCAUGGUAGCUGGUGCCGCAAACUGAAAGAGCCAGGUUCUUGUUUUUGUGUGUCGAACAUCAAAAAGCUCAUAAAUGGCAGCAGUGGGAAAAAGUUCGGUAAAGUUGGUGAGAUAUUCACAGAUUCAGACUUCCGGGAUCAACAACUCUGAGACAAAACGUUGUCUACACAAAUGAUGCCUCUGUCAUGUGAUAAUAGCACAGACUACAGACUACUAACUACAAGAAUCAAAAACCAAUUUUUUUUCUGCUUCAAGCCCUAUAUAUAUAUAUAUAUAUAUAUAUAUAUGUGCGUGUGUGUGUGUGCGUGUGUGUGUGUGUGUGUGUGUGUGUGUGUGUGUGUGUGUGUGUGUGUGUGUGUAUACAUACAUCAGAUGGAAGUAAAACCUUGUUUGAUUUUUAAACACUUAUCUGCAAAUGAAUGCAGAUCAGAAGCAGUGUUGGUGUGUUCUCUUAGCUCUUUACCUGUGUCUACAGUUGAAGAGGGUAAUGACCAGUGAACAGAAGGGAAAAUUCCCAGAAUAUCUGCUGACUGCUUUGAAUGGCCCCAAAUAUUGGAAGUCACCUUCAAACAGUCGUCAGACUGUGCUGAUAAGUUCUGGAUGACUGGAAAACAUUGGUGUAAAUUGAUGUGAAAGUGGUCAUAGCUUGUUCUCCUCGUCACAUAUGAUUUGAUAUUAGUCGGUUUGGUUGUUUCCCCUGCCUUCUGUCAUAUCUGCCGAGUGUGGAGACGUUCAGCAGGGCCUCGUGUUCUGCUCCAGGAGCUCUCCCCAUUAUUCUCUCACUUUGAUCUGCAUUUCUGCUCUUGUCUUUGGGAAUAAUUCAAAGCAAUCCUUUGCAACUUUUCACAAAACCGAAACGCUGACUUAUGCAGGAAAAGAUGAGUCUGGAUAACCCUCUGUGAAUACUUUUGCAUUUUCAGGGGCAAAAUAUGCUUGCGGUCGUGACUCUAAAGAAUUGAUUUUCAUGUAUUUCCGCAUCCACUGAAUGCCGCAUGGAAACAACCCACAUGGCAGUGUCACAGUGGAAGAACUCGCACACUAAAUGGGCUGCUAGAUGUUGUUAAAAACACCGUAAGAAUCAGAGUAUCAAAACAUAAGACACUAAGGUGGUCAUUAAUAUCUCUAUGAUGUUAACAAACUAUAGAAUGGGUUUUGAGAUGCUUUGAAUCCACAGUCCUGUGUGACUAAUACACAGUAGCAUUUCUGUGAUAAUGACCUCAAUAAGGAACUAAAGGAGGUUUAUCUCAUUUCAGCGAGUGGUCAUCUUGGGCAGAGUCAGUCUGUGAUUGAAUGAGUGCUUUUUAGUUUAUGAGGUUUAUGUUUUAUUUUUCAAAGUCAUACUUGUGACUUUAUUGGACAGGUGGAUUGAGCAGAAGAGUGUGUGGUGAGAUGCAGGAAAAGAUAUGGACACCAAACUUUGUAACUUAGUAUUUUUGUCUUGUGGAUGUGGAAAAGCAUGAUACCCCCAUUUAAAUAAAGUCAGAAGUUUAACAAGCUGGAACAAGACCAAGCAUUACCUCACGCUCCUUUAGGUGUGCUUUUCACAGAGUUACCCCUGGCUGGACAAAGUAAAACACCAGUGCAGAGAGAUUUGGUGGUUAGUUUGGCAAACACAGGUUAGAUAACUUUCCUACCACAUCACUGCUUCCUUAAAAAGAAACUAUUCUCAGCUUAUAUAGUGCUUAGACUCUUAUGUGCCUGUAUCUGUUACAGAUUCAUUAUUGUGCAGGCACGGGACCAAAAUCUUGAUCAAGUUAAAACUCCAUAAAAAAGUUAUGAAGCACUUCAAUGCAUAUGAUAGUGAAGUGGUUUCUUUGAUAGUCCCAGAGCUUUAGUGAAUGAUAUUCUUGUGAAGUUAUCAUCCAGUGAGAAGGUUUGCAGGUGUUUAGGCACAAACACACUAUCCACAGAUUCAGGUUUCUAACAGACUCAAUAUUUUAUUUAGCCUGUCUGAGGUGGCAAGAUGAAAAGGAGAAGCCACUUUUAUGAGGCUUCGGAUCUGUUUAGGCUCAUCUGUGAAGAUUGAUUUCUUUAUUUUGUGAUGUGUGGUUAUCGAUUUACACCUCAGAAACCCCACCUUGCCCUUGUGGUUCAACUCACACUUUGCAGCAUUAAUUCAAACUUACAGCACUUUUUCCAAGUCCUGGUCCAUAGCUUCCAGAGAGAAGUGUUUUUCAUUUUGCCAGGACUUUUUAAGCCUUACUCACAGACAGGGCUGUGAAGAGAGUGGAGAACUGGAGUGAGAGGGUGGGGAAUGACAUGGUAGAGGGGGCUGCAGUUUAGAAUCAAACCAGUGCUGUCCAGUUCAGCUCCCAGCUUGUAAAUCUCACCAAAGGGUGUAGAGGAGAUAUAAUUGUUUAGGUGUAAGUCCUUCAGUAACUUUUUUUCAAGGAUUUUAAUUCUGCGGGUGAUCAGAUAAAAGUCAGAUACAGCAUUUAUAUCAAAGGUUUCUUUUGAUACCUGUGUUGUUGUAAGGUUUAACAACUCUCAUGCCUUUCUUGUGCAGGGCUCAGUGAAAACAUCAGUAUAGAUAGUUUGUUUAAAAUUCAGGUUCUUAGGACUCACUUUUAGCUUUGAAGGGUGUUUGGAGCAGCUCUAUUGGGUGUAUUUCCAUACUUAAUAAUCAUGGUAUUAUGGCUGAUAGCGGCUAUGUAGCUUGGCAGUCAUCACAUACAAAUAUAUCAGACAGCUAGUUACCAAAGUUUAAUCUAUUUUCUUCCACAUAUCUGGGUCACGUGGGCAUCAGUUGACCCAGACCUCCACCUCCCCCUUAGUGUUGUACAGCUCCUCGUGUAAGAUGCUGAGGCAGUCCUCUGCCAUAUGGUAUAAAUUAGGGAUGUGCGCGGUUAUCCGGAUAUUCGUGUAAACAGGGCUGUCCUUACUAUCCGUCAAGUAAAUAAUAUUCGUUUAUUCUAUUAAAAAAAAAAAAAAGAAAAGGGGAAAAAAAGAAAAAUUUCGUUUUAAUUACGUUUUUACCGUCAUGUCUUAAUAAAAGUGUGCAUUAAACAAGCUAAAAUGUGUGGAUCAUUUGCGUGCGACUCUUUCUGCCUGGCUUGCUGCUCUGGGCUCGCAGCGCUAGCCUGCAUGGCAUCGUGGGUUAACUUCCCCAGAGUGAAUCAACACAUGCGAUCAGCCAGAGUGAUGUCGGUGAGAAAAAAGAGCAAAGUUUGGGAGUAUUUUGAUUUAGAUAAAGAUGGCACACAAGUGUCAUGCAGAUUGUGUCUAGCUAAACUAUCAUAUAAAAAUUCUACUGGGUCGCUGAGAAAUCACAUGACGUGCAAACACCUUGACGUAAAUCUUAAUGAAGGAGUGAGCCAGAGCACAACAAUCCCACAUUCCCACUCUUGGAUAAAUGUUAUUCAAACUUAACAAAGCUGUCAGAGAUGUUGAAAAUAAAUGUUGUUGAAUGUGAUUUUGUCUGACUCUAAAGACUCUUCAAUUUGUGCUUAUGGUGUGAGGCAGGCUGAUGUCGCAGCAGGCUGCUUGGCUUGAGCGCAGCAGAGCGGAGCUUAAUUGCUUUGAUCUUUCACGUACUUGAUGUCAUUCUCCAGCGCUAAAAUAAGAUUUUGUAACAUAUUUUAAUAUUGUAAGCAUGGCUUUCAUGUACUCUUAACUUUUAUUGCAGAUGAUAUCUGGCCAUAUAGAUCGACAUGUGCUCAAUUUGGGCUAUUUUCUGGAAGUUAAUUUUCGUGUAUUCGAAUAUUCGGUUUCAAAAUGGUCGUCUAAACGUCAGUGAAAUUAACCGCUGGGAACAUCCCUAGUAUAAAUUAACAAUACCUCCAGCCGAACCCUGGGCCAACCCAAGUAAACAAUUCUAAAUCAGGGAAAAAGGGAGGUAGAAUAAAAGUUCUGGUUGGCGAAAGUGUCUUUCUGCUGGCAGGGUUCUCCAGGUGCAGUAAAUCAGUCUGUGAGCUCUGACCCUCUCAGCACUUUUCAUGCUGCUAAAGGUGAUAGCAGCUUAUUUUGACUUUGUUAAAGGGAUACCAUGAGGUAAUGCUCGUAAAUUUUCUUCCUUGAGCUGUGAAACUCUGCCACACUUGGUGAUCCCUCCAACUAUUGUUAUUUAGCAUCAAUUUUUAAAAGCCAAUUGUUUAUAAAACUUCUAAUUGCGCCUACUUGAUGCCAAUGAACAAAUCAGUGUGGCUAUAUAAAGUGGGAUAAAAAAAGUAGACUCAUAAUAUUUGUGUCCUCUCAUGCGUUUCAUGUGCCCCCUAUAGACCAAGGUCUGGUGACGGGUCUGCAUGGAGUAUAGAUGCUGUGAAGUGAUGUAUUGGUUUGCCCACUGCUGUUUGCUUGCAAGCUUUAUGAUUACUAUUAGCAUUCUGUGGAGCUGUGCACCAGAAAGAGAAAAAAUGUCUUACCUAAGGUUCUUCUUCAGGGACAUGCACUGUUUAUUAGUGCCUCAUAAAAAGCUUCUCAGGGGCCACUACCUUAUGGACAUACUGUUCAACAAGGUGCUCCAGAUAACUAGAUGGGGAGGCACUGGUUACCUAGGUAACCAGGAAUAAUCAAUGCUAGUCAGGUAACCCUUACAGAGACAGAAAGGCCCAAUGUUGGGACGUUUCUUUUUGCAUCAGCAAUAAAAUAACAGGAUUCAUGCUGCACCUCCUCUGGCUGUGUAUGCAUCUGUGAAUCAAAACUAUAACCUAACCCUAAUUUGUUUUAUUAUUUUAACUCAACAUACAUGUUCACUAAUGUUCCAAAUAUUUCAUACGUUGAUUGAGUAUGAGACAGAUAUGUUCAAAUAAAUUGUACAGCUGUAAUCACACUACCAAGAUGCCACAAAACUGGAGUAUCAUGACUUCAGGUUGUCGUACCACCUUAAUCUCAUACUUGCCUAUGCCUGCUUGCAACCUCUCCAAAGAGAGGCAUUCCAUCAAGUGGCUGAACCACCUCAGUGGACUCCUUUGAACAUGAAGAGUAACGGUUCUACUCUUAGGCUUUUACCAGAUGUUCCAGCUCCAGGCCCUGUCUGUGAGACUGAGCCCAUCUACUCUCUACAGGACUCUCAUUUCAGCUGCUUCUAUCCAUGAUGUCAUUCUUUUGAUGGAUACCCAGAGCUUAUGAACAUACUGUAGGUGAGGGCUGGUAGCCUGGCCGGGCCAUCCUGUUGCGUGAAUCACUUGAUGUUCCUUCCCACCACAGUCUGGACUUCGGCCCAUAGAGAGUGUGUAUUCCCGAUCAGAAAAUAACUGGGCCAAUCAGAGAGCGUGUUUCCACUGUUACCCGGACAACAGGGAAAGGCAGCCCCUGAUUGGUCCAUGUGUAGUGGUGACGUCUAACACAUGCUGCAGGACUUUUCAAAGCCCCGUUCAUUCAGAACGCCGUUAAUUCUGCAGUUGACUCUGCAAAGUCGGCAGAAAUCAUUUAUAUCUGACGUCUUCUGCGUAUAUGCCUACCAUGCCUACCAUUGUACCUUAAGUCAUGGAUAAAACCUCAGGGCACUUAAACUCCUUACUUGGGGAAAAGACUCACUCCUCAGAGAGAUCAAUCCAAUAUUUUUCCUGCAGACCAAAACCAAAGCUGUAAACCUUUAAGUGUGGUAGCAUCAAAAUCCUCAAAGCACAGUUUGUACAGUCGGUCUAUGAGGCUACUUUUAUCCCAAGCAGCAACCCUGCCCAACUGAGGGACAGUGUCAUCUGACCAAUAUCUAUUUCUGCAAACACAGUAAUAUAAAAGGCAUUUUGUCAUGGUCUAUUUCCACGACAAGUUUGAAGUGUUGUGGUAGUCUUACACCAGAGGAUGCUUCGAAAGAGUUUUUGCUCUGGGCACUGUGUCCUAAAUAAAACUAAAAGAGUUGAAAACUGUGUACCAAAUCCUCAGGUUACUAAUGUUUCCAAAAUUGACCUGAAGAGCAGCAACUAAAAGGCUUUAGAUAUCAAAAACACCUUGAUGAGAGCAUCCAGUCUUGGUCUUCUCUUUCUGUCUCUUUCUGGAGCAUUGCUUGUUGUCCUGAGGAGUGCUAUAGUGUUGUGCUGCAAUGUCUUCAGUAGAUGUCUUUCUCUCUUUAUUCUUCUUUGAGUGUCUGUCACUUUAAUACAAACACACACACUCUCUCUCUCACACACAUUAACGCACACACUUGUCUGCAGAUUGUCCACAUCAGUCUGUGUUUCUCCGAAGUCCAUUGGGAAAAGAGACAGCACAGGUGUAGGGAACAGCCUAGGUCAUCUAUCUGCUGGAUUUCCGGAGGCCGGUGUAUGAGGAUGAUAGAGUGAAAAACUAUGAAGUAGUGGUCCAUCAAUCAGGGGAGUAAUCAGUCAGUAGUCAGACCUGUGAUGUGACUAAUACAGAACAGGGGUGUUUCCUGACACUCACUACCUCUCAUUACAGAGCAGACAGCAAACUUUCCCACCACUGGACUGCAGUUAUUUAACAGAGGUGUGUGUGUGUGUGUGUGCGUGCGUGCGUGCGUGCGUGCGUGCGUGCGUGCGUGCGUGCGUGCGUGCGUGCGUGCGCACGUGCAUGCAUGCAUGUGUUUGUAUGUGCACGCCUGUCUGUUUUAACAUGUUUGAGAAAGUGAAGCUAAGUAAGAGCGAGGGCAUGAGACUUGUCUUUGUAUUGCACGAUAAUGGCUGCUGGGCCAUGAAAUCUCCCAAGUGCCACACUGAGCUCCAGGCAGCUUGAUCCAACCUGACAGGCUACAUUUGGUCCAGGAAUGAAGAUGACAAAGAAUCAAGGUCACAUCAUCACAGCCAGAGGAGAUCAACAAUCAAGUGGCUGGAAAGAAAAAAAAACAGGUAAAGGGAGGAAGAAAAAAGAUUUGAGCAAUACUGCCAAUGCCUCUAAUUCCCUGUCUGGUUCCUCUCGUUGACCAGGCAUGUCAGGUGGUCUUUACACGAGUAUCAAUUUGUAAGACACCGUUAAAAUAAACUGUCGUUCUGGUGAUAUUGACACACGGAGACCUAUUUGUCCAUGACUCCACAUCUUUUUUGAAAACGGGUCUGCAGAUGGAUAUCUGGGUAUUUUGUCCUCAUGCCGUAGUUGGUGUAAAUAGAUAAGUCCAGAAAAGACGGUGACCUCAUAGCACCCCUCUUCCUCCCGCCCCCCAACCCACGUUGUCACACACACACAGCAUGUAUGUAUGCACAUUCUCUGUUUUUGGUGCUUUGUGGCAAUUUCACAGUGUCACCUUUAGGCCGGGCAUAUACACUACAGGAUUUUGCAUGGAUUUUGCGUUGUCAUGUAAAUGCACUAAGCCUAUGUACAAUAUGAUGUGUAAACAGCGAUGUUUACACGUUUCGGUGCCGACGCCAAGACAAUACGGGGCCGUCCUCAUGUGAGGAGAGCCUCAAAUACCUCCAAGGUGAUUUGGAAGGGUAGAAAUGUAGGCAAGAAACAUGGAGCAAGGGAUAGGAUUUACUCUAAGAAGAAGAGGCAAAGAAGAGGCGGUUUGUGAAGAGGAAUGAUGAACACUGGGGGCCUGAAUGAGCUGCCAGAGCACAGCGCAGCACAAACGCCACCGCUCCCCUCCCUCAGCUUUGGCUUUCCAGGAUUCUCAUUAAAAUGCAUUAGACACUCUGUGCUGCCCUGUGCCGCCUUUCACCACAUCAUUGGGAUACUUAUCAUCUACAGAGCAAACAGAUAUACUAACCAGCAACACUGGGGGAAGCUUCGGUAUCAGCCUGGAAAGCAGUACUAAGAGAGCAGUGGCUGACAGACAGUUCAGGUGGGGGAGGGAUGGUCUUAAAUUGAUUUUUAUUGAAAAUGAUGAAUGAUGAAGGAAUGAAACGAGUGAAGAAAAAAAAAGUUACAGGUCAGUGGACUUUCUCCCCAAGUCUAAAAAGGAGCAACCACUUUGGAGAAAUUUGUUAAAUUGUGACCCUGAAGGAGCCCGCACAGAAAGCUGCUAGUCUUCUGAUAAAGCUGUUCUGAGUUAUGCCCAGGUAUCUGCAGUUAGUUCCAUUUGAUCUUAGGAAGAGUGGCUGUAAUGAUGCUGCAGUCUCUACCACUGAUAUCAAAUGACUAUUAAGAUGGCAGUAUGCAAGAGCCUAUGGUAAGACAGUCAUGGAAAGGUGUCUCUGGUCCGCAGAGUUAAUAGGAUAUUCAGAUAUCUGGCUGUAGCCGGCAAACACUGGAAUUUCUCUUUAAAACAACGGCAGAAGCUCUUUCAGUUUUAUGGUUUACCAGCUCAUUUUCCUACAUGUUUGCAUUUCCCAGCCUCCUUUUUUCCUCAAACCUCAAGUGAAAAAUGAUCUAGUUGUUUAUAUACAGUUUCUAUAAAGGUCUAAAAGAUCUGUAUUGUGUCAUUGGAUGGGGUUUAAGGCUUUAAAUUCUUUUAUAUACUUAAGUAUGUAUGAAUGUAACGCUGUUUGUGAGUGCUGACAGGCAGCUGAAGAAAAAGUGUUCUACAUGUGGGCGUGCCACCUCAAGGUUUUCCCGGCAGAGAAAUCCAAUAGCAGAGGUUCUGAGGUUCAGAGAGGUUGUGUGUUUUCUUACUUGCCCCCUGGUCUUAAAUGGUGCCCAGACCGAUGUGUGUGUUACAGCGUUGUGCUGCGGUAAGUGUGCACACCUCUGGUUUCUCAUUUUUUUUAAGUGCUGAAAAAAUGAGGUUCAAAACCAGUGCAUAAAUUUCAUCAUAGUGUCAUCAGCCCAACUCCUCACCCUGGCAUUUAUGAAAUCUCUUGUAAUUAUUAGCCUGUUAGGAAAUGAUAGUCAGUACAAAGUCAAAUGUUGAUGUAACUGGGCUAACAGGGGCUGGGAGGGCUGUUGUUACUGGAUCACACAGCUAUUGUGGAUCCAAAUCCUGAAUCCUUUAUUUCAAUGCAGGAAUGCCUAUCAGUAAAUGCAAUUUCGUUGUGCAUAAGUUGCAAUGACAAUAAAGACCACACCAUACUAUUAAGCAGGAGUUUAACUGAAUAAAGCCAUCAUGAGCACUGAUUAUUAGCUUUACAUUUAAAAACCACAAAUAAGGUUAAAGAAGUCAGUCAUUGUUAAACCCAAUUACUCAUGAGUUGACAUUUGCAUUACGGGUUUGUAAGUUCGGUGUCCACACUAGAUGAAUGCAAAGUUUCAAAUUGUGAGAUAAAGGUAUGUUUUCAUAAUCUUAAAAAAAACAGAUGUUAACUGCUCAAAACGAGAGCCUGCGUGAAGACUUCAGACUCACUAGACUCACCCACAGCGGAGUGGGGAAAUGCUGUUCUGACAUCCCCCUCAAGGAAGGUCUAACGGUUAUGAUUAAACAGGAUAGAGGGGGCGGGGCCAAAACAAAGGAAGAGGGGUAUGUCGAAAGAGCUAGGUGAUUGGAUGGAGAGGCGAAGCAGGAGAUUGACCAAUAAGAGCUGUCUGGGAUGGAUGGCUCUCAUUGGUCAAUGUUUUUGCAGCCCUGCACCUGCUAGGGUGAACAGAUUUUUUUCCAUUCUUUUUUUUCUUCACUUUGUGGAGAUCGCAAUAUUGGACCAUAAUCGCCAUAUAUACAAGGUUCAUAAUAAUUACCAUUCUUUCCAGUCGUCAACCAUGCCUUUAAGUGCAUCAUUACAUCCCCAUGAAUCAAUCUUCAACCAGAUGUAGAAGUCUUUAUAAAGGGCUGACUCCUACCCAGGAGCUGGCCCUUACUUAAUCCUCUUAAUCACCAAAUGUCAGUGCCUCUAAAAUUUAGUCCCAAUCGUGAGCUGUCUCUUUUUAUAGAUCUUACACAACAGUUUCCUCAAAAUAAUGUCAUCUAAAUCUCCAUGUAGCUGCUAUCAUGUCACUAGUUUAUUUGAGAUCUGUGGCACCAUGAUGUACAGUUAAAGUAGAGGAGUAAUCCAAUUUACAGCCCAAUGCAAAUGUGAGUUUUAUAAAUACAAGGCAGACAUGUUCUCUGAUUUCCAGUGCAAACCUAAUUUCUUCAGGUAACCUGAUUUCUUCAGAGCUUAUGAUGUUGGUGGCAGAGAACAUGCACCGUUAGAGAAGCAACAGAGGUCAAGAGUCUGAGAGAAGUAUAAAUAGGACAGGAUGAGGCUUCCUAAUGAAAUUUAGCUCAUAAGAGUUAGAAACUCUGAAUGAAGCCAGUCAAGCACCCAGCCAACCCAGAGACAUAUAUUUACAUAAAUUACAUAUUUACAGCCCUCUUCAAGUGAAGGCCCAUUUGAGUUGUUUUUGUCUGCCUGCAAACAACAGAACAAAACACAAAAGCCACAAUUUUAAGAACAUACACCAUUAACAGAGUACAGAUGUGAGGUCUGAGCCUCUCUUGGCCUUUAAAACUUUGGCCAAGGCAUAUCAAAUGUUAAAAAAGACACAUUUUCUAGUAGGGAUGCACAAUAUUUAUCGGACCGAUAAAAUAUCGGCCGAUUUGGGGGGAAAUUACGUCAUUUUUUAUCGGUCCGAUAGGUGCAUUUUUCCGAUAGAAAGAUCCGAUAUAUUAAUGAAAUUACGAGUAACGUUUGCAGGCGGAGUAGCCGCCCGUCCGAGACGCGCUGGUUACGUCAUCUAUCGCGUCUUACUCGCAGGUCCCAAGCCUGACCCUGUCACUACCUGACAGAUAAUAAAAUGUCUUCACCAGCAUGGUCGUUUCUCUCAGUGGCAGAAGAUGACAACAGCAUUGCUAUAUGCAAAACCUGUUCAGCGAGGAUUCCGAGAGGAGGAAAGAAGACGUCAAGUUUUAACACAACGAAUCUGAUAGCUCAUCUGAAAAGUCGCCAUCGCGGUGAGGCGGUAGUAAAAGAAUAUGAGACAGCCGCCGAAGCUGCUAGCGGUACUAAAGCUAAGACAACAACACUACGGAGGAUCGAUGUCCCCAUUCAGCAGGCGUUUAAGAACUGCAAAAGUUUCUCAAGAGACAGCGAAAAGGCUAAAGCCAUUAACGACAAAGUGAUGGAGUUCAUAGCGGUCGACGACCAGCCUUUUUCCGUCGUUGAGAACCCGGGUUUACGUAAGUUAAUAGCACACUUGGAGCCACGUUACACUCUCCCAAGCCGCCGCGUCUUCUCGGAUGUGUCUCUUCCUGCACUCUAUGAUAUUGUCGCCACAUACAUUCACAACCUGAUCGACAAGAACGGACUACACGUGAGUUUUACCACAGACAUAUGGACGUCAGAUGUUAGUCCGGUCAGCAUGCUAAGCCUAACGGCUCAUAAUGGCUCCUUUACAGUUUACAGUUCUGUUGAACAGUUCAGGGGAUCAAAUGAAGUUCUGCUUUUUGCUCUGUUAUUGUUAUUUAUAGCAAAUGACCAUAUUUGAAGAGCCAAAAACUUUUUUUUGUUGUUCUAGAUAGGCCAGAGCAACAAAAAUAUCAGUUUUCAAUCGCUGCAUCCUGCACAAACUGCAGAUUAUAUGAAGAUUAUAAUAAAUGUAAAAAUAUGAAUUUAUCGGUUAUCGGUAUCGGUAUCGGCCAUGAGAAGAAGAAAAUUAUCGGUUAUCGGUAUCGGUUGAAAUUUUUCAUAUCGUGCAUCACUAUUUUCUAGUUUUUGUUCUCAUUUUAAUUUUAAUAUCAGCCACAAACUCUGACACAAAACUCUGAUAAAAUGUUCAACUAACAUCAUACAAAAGAGAGUGAAGUUAAUGUGAGUGAAAGUACAGGUGUGUCAUACUGUCAUGUAUGACUGUGUUGUGGGUGGGACAUGAGAUAAGACAAAGUGGUGCAGAAAAAAAGACCCUGAGGGUAAGGCAUGCACCAGACAGCAGAACCACUUUUCAAUUAGUUCAUUUUAUUGUCCAUCUGUACAGUAAAAGGUUAGAAAGGAAGUCUUCCAAAUAUCAGCCCUGAUAAUUAACCAAGGCUGAUAAGCAGUCUACUUGUACAUUAUGUAAAGUUGAUAUGAAGUUUCUUGAAAUGAGAAAAGAGAUGUUGUUAAAAAAAAAAGUGAGUUUUUUCUUCUCACGUUGGCAGAAUUUGUUACUCAUUCUUAUAUUUAGCCUGUAACACCUUAAAAAAUGACAUAUUUCUGGACUUGUCUUGUGAAUGCAGCUGUAAUGGGCCUCUUUUUUCUAACUAGAUAUUAGAAUGGAACCCUUACGUUUUGUGUUUGAGUUUUGGCAAUGUAUGGACAUUUUGUUAGCAUUGAAACACUGGGCUGCAUUUGGGGAUAUCAUUUCUCCCUCCAGUGGGUCUGCCUCUUUCAGCUUCACUCAGUACUCCAAGUCAGAUCCAGAUUACGCGUGAUACGGUAGAAGUAUUAGAACAAGGAGAAGUGGACAAAGUAUCAGUGAGGUUAUCAGGCAUUUAAGUUCUCCAUCACUACGACAGGUUUCUAUCAGACCGGAGAAAUGAGAGGGAGAAAAAAAAAAAAAACUACACGUUUUUUUGUUGUAGUCCCGUUAAGGCAUCCAGUCAAACAAUUGUACAGGCUUUAACAGAUACUGCUGUCUACAAAUAAAGCCAGCCAGAACCAUAGUUUUAGCCAAUCAGGGAAAGAGAAGGGUGAGAUGUUUUUGCAAUGCAUGGUGCUCAGGGGUACCAGAAUGCCCAUCAAAGUUUAGCUAGAUCACCAGAAAGUGGGGAAAGUUAACGCGGUUGGGCGAUACACACACACACACACACACACACACACACACACACACACACACACACACACAGGUUGAUGGUGGAGUAAUAUGAUUUAGAGUAGAAAACAUUUUCAGUCCUCAGAUGAUUUUUAGCCUUAAUCCCUGGGUUAGUUAACAGCAUUUACCCUGAGACAGUGAGUAUGGACAUGAGAUCAUUCCUCAAUGUUGGCAGAGCUCAGGAGACAGAUCUCAUCUCACAUUUGAUUAUUUUUGGAACUGCUCUGACCUUUUCCUAAUUUAAACAUUUUUAUUCCCUGGCUGUUUGUCAGCACCGCUGACAAGAUACAAAGUAAGUUAUCUUCAAGGUCAGUUUAAACACACACAUACGUGUGUUUGUGCACACACUCACAGGGUCCAGAACAGUCACACUGUGUUUAAAGUCUCCUUCAGUCUGAUUUUAACCUGCAUGUUUUUAAACAAACCUGACCAGCAGCAGAAAACAGCUCCCUGUGUCCAGGUCUCUGUUAAGAGCCCGUUAAAUGCGAUGAUGCAAAUGAGGGUGUUUAGUGCGUGCUGCGGUGUCUGCAGUGGCUUUGACAUUUCAAGCUUUCGGUUGCUGGGCUUGGGCAAAUUGCGGAGGGCAUUGGUAUGUGUCCCUGUGGGAUCCAGUGUGCAGUGAGAGGAUUUAAGCAGCACUGCUGGCACUGUUAGCCUCACGCUGCCCUUGUCCUUGUGGAGUGAAGGAGCAUGCAGGAUGCAGGCUAACGUUAGUCUCACUGACAGUUUCCUCUUCACACUUCAUUUCACUUUAUUCUGGGUGCUGUGUCAGCAGCAAGGUGAUGUGCCAGUGUUCAGUGUCUGUGCUGCUUUGAUUUACAGCCUCUCUCCCUGACAUUUUGUCAUGAAACAUAACAUCAGCCUGUUUACCAGCGUGACACGCUGCAAAUGAUUUCUGAAAAUGUGAGGACAAAUCUUUUCUUAGUAAUCUUCAUCAGCUGCUCUUUUUUUCUAUGAUUAAAGUACAUGCAUUUGCUUUUAAACAAGAUUCACCUCAAUUUUCUUCAUCUUGAUCAUGUCCGCUAAAGGACUUGUGAUUUUAUCAUAGUUGGACAUUUUCAAACAAAUGCAUCAUUCACAGGAUGCCUAGUUUGUCCAGAUCCACGAUCCUCUGUAUGGUUUUGCUCACAAUCUACAAAGUUGAUCUUGCGUAUUACCAAAAACAAAACAAAAAAAACACAAAAAAAAAAAAAACAGGUCCAUGCAGAUUUUAAAUCUCUAUGACGUGAAGGAAAACUUCUGGAGAGAUGCAGAAGAGUAGCAGUCAAAUCAAGGAGGAUUACUUGAAGGUGAAGCUAGCGUGUUUGUUCACAAGUCCUGCCAUUGAUUCACUUAGUGGCAAAAUUAAUAGUCUUUGGGUGGGAGACAAAGCAUUUCAUCGUACAAAAGUUAAACCAUGCAAUUAGAAAAGAUAAUGCAGUGUAAAGCAAAGAAACCUGUUUUCUUUAACUUUGAGAUGACCAUGUAUUCACAUUUUGUAUUCAUUCCAUUUAAACAAAAUACAUUCGGUCUGUUUAUGUGAAAUUAAUCCACUCUGUUAGUUAGCAAUAUCAGUCAAACAUACAUGUUUUUAGAGGUCCAGUUCAGUCAGACUAAGGCAGUGAAUCGUUUCUUUAAACAGCAUGUAGACCUUCUGUUUCCUUGGCUGGGCUCCUUAAUGGUGAAUGACUGCAUUACUUUGGUUUAGCAGUUAUGCGCUCAGCCUGUAGCACAGACUGCUCUGUUUUUAGCUCUUCUGUACUUUGGGUUCAAGUGUUUCUCAUCUUCCUUUUCACAAAUAUCUCAGGUUCGAUGAGAGGAGUUGGCCAGCCAAUAGGCUCAGUAACAUCAUGGUUUUUCCAUCCUUGAUGAUUUUAUAUUAGGUAGGAAUUUUGGCAUUGUAGGCAGGUGUCCUGCUGGAAAAGCAUCUCCUUGACUUGAUCAGAUGCAGUGAGCCAACACUACCAGCCCCAUACAGCCAUAACCGUUAGACCUUCCUGGAGGGGGAUGUCAGUGAAUUACCCAUUACUGUGACUCUGCUCACAGAACUAAACAGGGAGAGAGAUGGUAUCUCUUCUGUUUGAACAGUGAUUUUAUCAAACUCACAAUGAAAUGUUAUAAUAUUUUUAAGCUGCAGGCCACAGCUGUCAAAACUCAAUAACUACAUUGCUUUAUGCGUAAUGCAACUAGAAUUCAAUAUUGACCUGCUGAAAUAAAAGAUGGAAAUAUGAAACUGUUUCAGGACAUCCUAAUUUGUUGAGAUGCACAUGUUGGAGCAGAAUGAAACAAACACAAAAUCAAAGAGUUCAUUGACAUAUCUGCCACAGGUCUUGUCUUGUGUUCAGUCUUGUUUGUGUCUUCUCUCAUAAGUAUUUUGCAGUGCAGUAUCAUUGUUCACAGAGUCGCCUGUUUUGGGUGAGUUAAAUCUGAUUCAGAUUACUUCCUGCCGGAGGGCCAGCUUCAAAGAGAGGCUACCUUAAAUCCCAUUUCCUCACAAGCUCAGACAAACCAUUCCUCUCCCUGCGCUCAGCUGAGUGCAGUUGCAUGCUGAACUCGAAGCACACUUAAUGUUGCUGUCAAGCAAUUAAUUUACACGAAACAUUAGCAGCAAAGUAAGUAAGUUAGUCCUCAGAUGGGUGUUUAGCAUACUAGUUGUCUUGUGUUUGCAGGCAGCUGCUGGCCGUUAAGCGUUGGUUGAUUUAGAGUCCCUCAAUGACUCACUUGUUCUCUCAGUAUGCAGAUGAGUUGAGAGCAAUACUCUUGUUCUUUUCUCGGCGCCUUUUCACAGCGUAAUUUGUCUUGACAUAUCUAGGGAGGGUGACAGGAGAUGUAAGGUUAGGAAAAUGUCUCAUUUGCUCUCCGAGGUAAACAACCACUAUUCCCAAAGGUGAGAGCUGAAACCUGCUCUGAUCUAUCACUGGAUUGUAGUGCUUGCAUAAAGAGCACUGCAGUAUUAUAAGCCUGAUUAUUGAUCUGUUCAUUAUAUCAUUGUGUUUUUGUUCUGCUGGUAAUGAAGUCUUCAGAUUUCUGUUUUGUCGUGACGUUUGCCUUGUAAUUAGUUUUUUAUUAUAUUGAUGAUUUGUUUUCCUCUCCUCCCUCCACCCCUCCCACUUUCUCUCCUCCUCCUUGUUUACAGAAUUUCCGGGUGGUGGAUGUCUCGUCGCCUCCGUGUGAGGUCGGGGGCCAGUUGGAGUCAGGAGGUGGGUCCUGGGCAGCAGCAGUGAUGCGUGCAUCUGUGGCAGGCUGCAGGAUGAGUGUGGGUGCGCUCCUGAAUGGGCUGCUGGUCUCUGUUGUCGCAGCGCUCCUGUGGAAAUACUCCAAGCUGAGUGAGCAUGCUGCCCUGCUGGAGGAGGAGCUGCACAUGACACGGCAGUCUCAGGAGCUCUCCCAGGCCCGGAUUGACUACCAUGUCGCCCUGCAGGCUCUUCAGGAACAUGGCACCCGCAUGGUAUGCACUGGGAAGAUGCACACUGACCGCAUCUGCCGCUUUGACUACCUCUGCUACAGCUCAGAGGCAGAGGAGUUUGUGUUCUUCCACUCUAACUCCUCCGUCAUGUUGCCUAACCUGGGUUCAAGGCGCUUCCAGCCGGCCCUGCUGGACUUGUCCUCGGUUGAGGACCACAACACCCAGUACUUCAACUUCCUAGAGCUCCCUGCUGCUACUCUAAAGUUUAUGUCUAAGCCCGUGUUUGUACCAGAUGUAACUCUGAUACUAAACCGGUUUAAUCCAGACAACCUGAUGCAUGUGUUCCAUGACGACCUGCUCCCAGCCUACUACACGAUGAAACAGUACUCAGACUUGGACGAUGAGGCUCGUUUGGUGUUUAUGGAGGGCUGGAGUGAAGGCCCACACUUUGACCUCUACAGACUCCUCAGCAGUAAGCAGCCACUCCUCAAAGAACAGCUGAGGAACUUUGGAAAGCUCAUGUGUUUCACUAAGUCUUAUGUCGGUUUGUCCAAAAUGACCACAUGGUACCAGUACGGUUUUGUCCAGCCACAGGGUCCUAAAGCUAACAUGCUGGUGUCAGGUAAUGAGAUUCGUCAAUUUGCCAGGGCUCUGAUGGAGAAAAUGAACAUCACAAGUGUGGAGGAGGUUGAGAAAGAAGGAGGUAGCUCUGAAGACGAGAAAGAGAAAAAGGAUGAAUACAUUGUGGUGUUUAGUCGCUCUACCACCAGGCUGAUCCUGAACGAAGCAGAGCUGAUCAUGGUGCUGGCUCAGGAGUUCCAGAUGAGAGUGGUCACUGUGUCUUUAGAGGAUCAGUCUUUCCCUAGUAUAAUCCAGGUCAUCAGUGGUGCUUCCAUGUUGGUCAGCAUGCAUGGGGCUCAGCUCAUCACCUCACUCUUCCUCCCCAGACGAGCUACUGUGGUGGAGCUCUUCCCCUUUGCUGUAAACCCAGAGCAGUACACGCCCUAUAAAACCUUGGCCUCUCUGCCAGGUAUGGACCUUCAUUACAUCUCUUGGAGAAACACCAAUGAAGAGAACACUGUCACCCACCCAGACAGACCCUGGGAACAAGGAGGGAUUACACACUUGGAGAAAGAGGAGCAGGAGCGAAUCCUCGCCAGCAAAGAUGUCCCAAGGCACCUGUGCUGCCGCAACCCAGAGUGGCUCUUCCGGAUCUACCAGGACACGUUGGUGGACAUCCCAUCUGUCUUGGAAGUCCUCAAAGAGGGAAUGAAGUCAAAGCCCAGCAUGAAAAAGUCAAAGCCAGCAAGCUUAGUCCACCCAGGCCGGGUCAGAGAACCACAGUGUCAGACUUCAGUACAAACAACCAACGAGGCUAAACUCACCGUCUCAUGGCAGAUCCCCUGGAAUUUGAAAUACUUGAAGGUGAGGGAGGUGAAGUAUGAAGUGUGGAUCCAGGAGCAGGGAGAGAACACCUAUAUGCCUUAUAUCCUUCCCCAACAGAACUACACUUUCUCAGAGAACAUUAAGCCCUUCACCACCUACCUGGUGUGGGUUAGGUGUAUCUUCAACAAGAACCUCCUGGGACCUUUUGCAGAUGUUCUCAUGUGCAGGACCUAGUGCAAACAUCUGCUUGUCUGUUGGUUUCUGUGCAGUUUUACACAGAACUUGAAUCAUGCCUGAUCCAGUUGGUCAAAGUGGAGAUCCGUAUGGUUACAGUUUUUUCCCGAGGAGUCAGAAGGCAUAUCUCCACAGCUGUUGGACCCUGAUGAAGAGAUGUUUGUUCGGCCAUCAAAGGAAACAGACUUAUGGAUUAACUGAAAAAAAAAAAAAAAAAAAAUUUGAAGCACAGGGUCUGAACUUUAUAACAACAACCAUGAAUGAAUAGAGAGACUAUUUCCUGUUCCUAUGAAAGACAGAAAGAGCUAAACUGUGUCUCUAGCAGACUUCAGAUCUACAGAGUUAUUUAUGUGCAGAAUAAUAUAUGCUGUUUUUUAGUAUUAGUCCAAACACUGGUUCUUUACCUUUUACAGUAUGCAAUAGAGCUUCUCUGUGGAGAGCAAGAGAGAUUUUAGAAUAUAGAGAUUUUUUAUGUUUUUGACUUGUCUCCUGUCUGCUGUGUGGCUGAUAUCUGUGCGGCUCAGUUCAACGACCAUUUAUCUCAUUACCUUCACCUUCUCUGCAAAACCAAAACCAAAGCAAUUUUUUUCCACCUGAUUUCAGCCAAACAUUAUUCAUGCCAUUAUGCUCUCAUGUUACAGAUUUCUGCUUCCUCUACUGCUACUGAGAACUUACAGGUUUUGUAAGGAAAAAAAAGUCAAGUAAGAGUUUUAUGAAUGCCAUAGUUAUUAACAUUAGAGGAAAGUACUUCAGGCACUUUGAAGAGUUUUAAUACUAAUGUCUCUCGAGUAAACACGAUUGCUUAUUUCAUUGAACAGUAGGUUAAUUGCAGGUUUUCCAUGAGUCAUUCUGAAAUGUGUAUAUUCAGAGUCCUGGUAAAGUUUGGCAGUGAGAAGUAAAGCAAGGGACACACUCAAAGAUAAUUGUGCUGGUUUUGGCCCUGAUCCUCCCCUUCCAACUAAAAUCAGAUUAACAGAUGGUUUUUAAGAUUAUCUUGACAGAUCAUCCGGUGCCGUGUGGUGAUCUACACAGAGGACAUAAUCAAUAUUUGUGAUUAGAAAUUCUUAUGUGGGGAAGAGCAUGCACUGUUGAUUAUCAUUGAGUAACCGUAAGCUUCCACAGUCCACCAUGUUUGUUCACUUUUAAGUCACGUUUGACCACAACAGAUUUCACAAGGUAUCCAGUUCAGAGGGCUGGUUCAUUGUUGCACACCACACACACAUCAGAAGCAAAACUGUCAGGAUUAGCAAAAAGAUGGACAGUUGAGUUGAAGUUUAGCUUUAAACAUAAAGACUACAACCAGGGCUGUCUUAGGUGAAAGAGGAAACAGGUCAGGUGUCAAACAGUUUGCGUGUUUGUAUUAGUCAGACAAUAGAGAUACCAACACACACAUCAUUAGAUGGGGUUUGUUGCCACCUGUCAUAAGCUGACUGAGUUGUCUGCUAUGAAUUAGGGUCCUCAUCACUCUACGUAGAGUACAAAGAUGUCUUGAACAUCUAGAAUUUAAAAGAAAGAUUAGUAUUUCAUUUAUUUGCUUCUGAAUGAAAGUCACAAAUCUUAAUUACCACGGGGAGAUGGGGCUCAUGGGAAGUGCAGUUUUCAUCCCAGAAAAACUAGACUGUGUGUGUCCAAAGGUUCAGCAGAAUCACCCUAACAUGAAAACUACUCACAGUGUCUUUAAUGAGCCAUUUGAAAGAAGUGUUUUCCAGCAGCUGCAGUAUUUAACACUCAUUUUCCUGCCAAAAUCAACGGUUUUUGUCUAAUUGGUACUAAUUACAUCUGUAAUGAUGAUGAUUUUCUGUAGAGAGGGAGUCUGUUACAUUAGGCUUUAAUUAGUGUGAAGCUGCUCUCAGUAUGCUGCUGGACAGUUGGUUUUUAAUGACUUGUGUAAAACAGUUUUAUUAAGAUCAAGUCUGUUGCCACACAGUUUUACUGCCUUGUUUUCAGCUCUGUUUAUCAGAAUAAGGUCCGUAUACAACAUUUUGAUUUCUGGAUAGAGGGAGAGUCUUUUUCAGUUGAAAGGAUGGUCAUCUAUGCAGGCCUGUGCCCUUCAAAGUCACUGAUCUAUUGGAAAAAAAAUUCCAUGAUCUAGUUGAAGGAAAAAAGUCUCAAAAGCGACCAAAUCUUUGAAAGAGGGUAGUCAGGUGGUAAUAGAUGCAUGUGAUGAGCCUGACAUGGAUGUGAGAGAGGAGGCUGUUACCAGACUGAGGAUUUAGAGCAGUCUAAUACCAUUUUGUGUUGUGGAGUUACGGAUAAGCUAAGUUUGAAGUUUGAAAAGACCUUAUGAUGGUUGUAUUUGCUGCUCCUGGUUGAUAAAACAUCUGUUAUAUGCAGUGACACCAUGACACUUUACAGCCAGCCUGCAGACAUUAGUGAAUCACGUAGGUAGUUCAAAGCUGCAUGCAGGGCGGAGGCCUAAAAUAAAUUCUAUGUUCUUUGGUGGAGCAAAGCUGAGGGCAGUUGAUGUGAAACGUCUCUGAUUUCAAGUUUCAGUCCCAUUGCUUGAUUUUUGGAUAGAUUUGAAAUUAAGCAUUGGUGUUUUCAGCCAUACUAAAACACUUGUUCUACAAAGUUUCAUUCCUCACUGAUGUAACACAGUGUUAACAACGUUGUGUAUGGCAUUCCUCUAUAACCCUGACAUUGAAAUGUUGUCUGAUGCUCCAAAAGCUAUACAUUAAAAUGAUAAAUGUGUAGCACAUAUUGUAGAGUAAAUGGGUGGACAUGCAAAUUCAAGUCUUGUCUUGUCUCACCCUGAAGGCAUUUUGAAUGCCUGAACCACCUGCUUACCCUAAAAUAUCCCAAUUAUCACCCAGAUGCCAAAUAAAAACUAACUCAGGUUAACAUCAAAUAUUUAUCCAGAGAUGAGUGUAAUUGAUUUAAAAAUAGGGGUGCACAAUAUUAGAUUUUUGCAGAUUCCAGAUGCCGAUACUUUCAAACUGAUAUUGGUUGAAACCAAUAUUGAUAUCAACAUGUAGAGAAUGUAGUUCCUCCUGUCACAGAAUUACCCAUUACUCUUGUCACGACAGACUUCUUGUUUUACUAACAGACAAACACAGCAGAAGGUAUCUGAUUCUACCAAGAACUAAAUGUAAAUUAAGUAAAUUUUUUAAAAAUCAAGACAUUCAUCAAUGCCUCUUUUUUACAGCUGUCAUCGUGUGCAUGUUAUCAGUGCAUCAGUUCUUUGGCCGAUUAUUACAUCCGCAGAAAUGUUUAUGUCAGCCAAUACCGUUAUCACGACAAUAAUAUUGUGCAUCCCUAUUUCACAGUAAUUGAUUUGUACCACUGAAAUGAAAAACCCAUCAAUCCUCCGGUCAGUGUUUCUUAUCAGGCUCCUUGUGGCAUAUAUUAACAUUAAAUAACAUUUUAAUUCAUGGUCAAGUGAAAACAUUAUCCCGCUUAUUGUAUAAAUGACACAAACUGAACAUUUCCAUUAAAGGUAAGAUUAGCCGAGGUGAACAAGAUUUCUGCAGAAAUGUUAUUUUGUCCUCUUUUUCCUUAUAAAGCUCUCCUUUUCUGAGCUUUGCAGUUGAACACCUUUAAACGUAAGUGAGGUAAAUACCACAUCUGCUGCUUAUAUCACUGCUGUUUACAUCUAAACCACUGUAUAGCAAUCAGGAAUGCUGAGACACUCUCACCAGCUCUGCUGUCCUUGCAUGGAUUGCAGGACAGGAUGUUAUUCAUUUCCCCUAUCAAGAAAUGGUUGCAAGUAAAGCUGCUCUGACAUUUGUGCCCACUAGUCAUCAUUUCCCUACUCUAAACACUGAUGUUUCUGUCACACAGUCAACAGAAUCUAGUGGAUCAGACAGUCUCGUAGAAGGGAGAAACCCAGUUGAUUAGACACCCCAAAAAGAAAUCUUUGACCUGCAGCAACCUUAAAUUCAGAGCUGUUACAGUCUGUGUCGCCUCAUUUGUUGCGAAGCGUUUGUAGCAAGACAGUGAAUAUUAUUUUUGGACACCUGAACUCGUGGUGUCAGUGUUUGAUGGGAUAGAUGUAUCAGGAGAUGGUUCAGGGGAUGGUGGGGGUUAAAAAAAAACUGCCACCUGCUGUGUGAGGGCACUGUUUAGACUAUCCAUCUUUGGCUUUAUGAGCAUCUCCAAAACCUUUGUGUACCUUUGUAUUAUCCUCAACACAUAGAUGAUUUCACCAUUUUUCAUUUUGCCAAGCAUCCCUUUCUCAUGUCACACACACCCCCCCCCCCAAAAAAAAAAAAAAAAAAAAGUUCUCAAAUGCAGUUCUGUUUGUCGAUGCAUGUUCAAGAGAUUCUUUCAAACCAUUGUUGUGUAUGGAGGAUGUGAGGGUUUAGAUAAGUACAUGUUUGUAUUGUUGGUUUAGAUAUCUGGAAAGUGUCACAUUGUAUGUGCUGAGUGAAAUGAGUGUCUGUUUUCUACGUUAGCUGAUAGUUUGAGUUUCUUUUACAGUACCUGUGAUUGAAUAAAGAAGCUUGUUUCUUACAGUU